AUUGCGGGCAAUUGAAUCUUGCGCCAUGGCUGUGCAGUUGCAUCACCUAGGUUUGGUCGGAGCAGCUGCGUGACUUCUGGCAGGAAGGCCGGUUUUGUGACAUUGCACUGCGGCACGGCGCCCGCGCAGCCGCGCUCUCUGCAACCAGCAAGUUCUUCAAGACUUUGCUCAGCGGAGCUUUUCGGAAAGUGACCAGGUGCAACAAGGACAGGCAACCGAAGUUGCAGCGUCCGAUGCAGCGGUCUGCCUUCCUUGAUUAUGUCUAUGGUGGUCAGCCUGCGGUGUCGGUCGAAGACUCCGUUGAGCUCCUGCGACUGGCAGAUGCUUAUGGAUUAGGUUCGCUGAGGCCUGUGAGCAUUGACUCUGCACAGCUCUGAAGAUUGCGCCAGUGGCCACAGCGCUGCAAGUCUUGCAAGAAACCCAAGGGUUGCAGGAGUUGAAGUCUGUUUGUGAAGCGAAGGUCGCUGCGAACUUUGAGGUGUCCGCCCAGCAGGAAGAGUUUCUUAUGCUCGGCGUUGGCCAACUUGGACGGAUUCUGCAAAGGGAUGAUGUGCACGUGUCUCGGGAGGAGGUAAUUCUAGAGGCCACCUUCAAGUGGUUCAAUCACUCCAAAGAGCACGUUGGUGUAUUGGCUUUGCUGCUGCGAGACGUGGAUUUCCAAUCGAUUUCAUCUGACAAUUUGAGCCGAAUUGGCCACUUUUCUUCUUCUUUCGGACCAGGUGGAGAUGAGAUGCAUCGGAAAGUUCAUGAAGCUUUGCCCGCCCGCAGGAAACGAAGCAGAGCGGAGAAUUCAGACACUUUCCGGCCCAAGAGACAUUGUUUGCAGAGCUGGUCACCUAGUUUAGGUGCCAGCGGGCGGAAAGUGUUGCUGGGGAGAGUGUGCUCUUCAUUGUGGUGGCGUGAAGUCUGAUGAUGAAGAACCUCGAGUUGUCGCAGGAAAUGGCGCCAAAGUUUCUGGAACCAACGACUUCGAUCAUUGCUUCAUGUCCGUCUCCCCUUCAGGCGAGAUAUUCAUAGCUGAUGACAGAAAAAAAACAGAUUGAUCAGCUUCAAGAAUUGUUGUGGAACGGUGGUACAUAGUGGUGUUGAAGGGUUGCGGAACGUGUUCUGCUCGCCGAAGGGUUUGAUUUUCCUGACGACUCAUGGUGGACGAGCGGUGCAGGAGCUGAAUGGCAGGUGACCUGAAGUUUCACGCGUGUGACAUGUUUGUGACCAAGGAGGAGGUGCUUUAUUCAGCGACCAGCGCAAGAAGCGCAUUCUUCGCCUCAGCCCAGGUGAGUCGCAACCUAUCAUAGUGGGGGAGGUCCCAGAGGAGCAUGGGCCGUUUCUGGCGGGGCUGUUUGUGGAAGAAGGUGGGAAGAUAUACGUUGCGGACACUGGGUCCCGGAAGCUAUGGUGCUUUAAUUCAGGUGACGUAAGCUGCCAUGAAGUUCCUAGACGGAGAGGCACCCAUUAGAGUGCUCGUUCACGGCCGAUCCCUCUACGGAAGCACUGCCCACAAAGAGUGUGGAGCUGUAUAUGAAUAUGUCUUACCUCCGGAGCUGAAUCUUUGCAGAAAUUCCUCAUUUGACC